AUGCCCAGGAGAAAACAAGGUCGUUCGAAGCCUGGAUUUGUGCGUGCUAGUAAUUCUUUUGAGAAACUUGAGCAGAUGGAAGACGAACUAGUAAUGGUGUCUUCGGGCAGCGAGAGUGAUUCGAGUUCGCGGCCUCCUAAGAGACAAAAGACCGAAAAAGAAGCAGGUGCUCCGAAAGACGAGGUUUUGACAAACCAAGAUUUCAUUGGGUUUGAGUCAUCUUCGGAGGGUGAAAAUGCAGAGAAUGAUGAGUUUGACAAUUCGAACCAAUCAAAGAGCUCAGAUAGCGAAAACGAGUACCUCAGCAACGACGAGACCGUUUACCAUACAAAAUCUCUCGAUUUCAAGACAGGAAACAACAAUCCACGAUAUCCCUGGAUCCGCAACAACGACCAUUCCAAGCAGAUCGAGAUAAGUGACUGGCUGACUAUGGAGAUCAAAGAUUUCAUCAAAUACAUUUCUCCAUCCGCCGAAGAGAUCCAAGCUCGUAACAAUACCGUUGGUCGUCUUCGAGAAUGCAUCACUGGCAUGUGGCCCGACGCCGAGGUUCACUGUUUUGGAUCGUUUGCAACAGACUUGUAUCUGCCUGGAUCCGAUAUCGACAUGGUGGUGGUUUCCAAGGCAAGAAACAACAAGUACGACAACCGGUCCUCGUUGUACCAGCUAUCAUCAUACAUUAGAAACAACAAACUUGGAAUCAACGUGGAGACCAUUGCAAAAGCUAAGGUUCCCAUUAUCAAGUUUGUUGACCCUGCAACUAAAAUUCACAUAGACAUUUCAUUCGAGCGAACAAACGGUAUCAAGGCAGCAGAGUUAAUUAUCUCUUGGAUCAAAGAUACCCCAGGACUUCGGGAACUGGUUCUUAUUGUGAAACAGUUUUUGGCCGUCAGAAGAUUGAAUGUUGUUCAUACAGGAGGUUUAGGUGGAUUUGCAACCAUUUGUUUGGUGAGAUCUUUCCUCAAACUUCAUCCAAGAAUGGCCACGCGUUCGAUAGAUCCGCUAGAAAAUUUGGGCGUGCUGUUGAUAGAGUUUUUCGAACUUUAUGGCUACAAUUUUGGAUACGACAACACCGUUGUGGCCUUUGAUGAAGAUGGGGACCCAUACUAUGUUUCCAAGAAUAGCAAUGCGGCGUUCCAAAACCGUAAUCCAUUCACGCUCGCAAUCCAAGAUCCUCACGACAAAAACAAUAAUAUUUCAAGGGGAACAUUCAAUCUACGUGAUAUUAAGCGGGCUUUUGGCGGAGCGUUCGAGUUGCUUGUUAACAAAUGCUACGACAUGAACCAGGCCACAUACAAGGAAAGACUGGGCCAAUCUGUGCUCGGAGACAUUAUCAAGUAUAAGGGGAAGCAGCGUGAUUUCGAGGACGCCAGAGAACAUGUUCAAAACGAGGCAUUUGCAUUUGUCAGUGGUGAGACCAGUCGAGCCACUUCUCUCCCGCCUCUUCCAAGCGAGCAAUACACCAUCAUUUCCGACAGUGAGUCUGAGUCCGAGUACGAGAAACAUCUCGAGAAAAUAUACAACGAGUCCCAGAGCAAACGAGAGGUCACUGCCAAAAAGACCAAGACUGAGGUUUUGGCUACCAAGAGCUCAAUCACUAAGAAGUCAGACAAACGCGUAGAGGAGCUGAUGGGAGUACAGGACGAAAGUGAGUGUGAAAAUAACAGCGAGGAGAAAAAGGAUGGACGGGUUUCCAAACUUGAUAAGAUGACCAAGCGUGAAUACUGGCUAAAUAAAUCAGGCAGCUUUUAA